AUGCCGAGCAAACUGGAGGGCGCGAUGGACGCGCUGAUUACGGUUUUUCACAAUUACUCUGGAAACGAGGGAGAUAAGUACAAACUGAACAAAGGCGAACUGAAAGAGCUUCUGAACAGUGAACUCACUGACUUCCUUACGUCCCAGAAGGACCCCAUGCUGGUGGAGAAGAUUAUGAAUGAUCUGGAUUCCAAUAAGGAUAAUGAGGUGGACUUCAAUGAGUUUGUGGUGCUGGUGGCAGCUUUGACUGUGGCCUGCAAUGACUUCUUCCAGGAACAACAAAAGAAGAGAGGAACCUAG